GUAAAUCAACCCCCUCUUCUUCGGAACGACGCCGUCGUUCCCGAAUACUAUUUUGUCUAUUUUUCAUUUAACGCCAAGAAACGCCGUCGUUUCCUGAUUUAACCUGAUCACGUAUUUCGGUCACCUGUUUUUAAUUUUUUUAAUUUCCGCACUCUUUAAAUGCUCCCUCCUCUUGCCGUUUCUCUCUCUUUCGUUUUGAAGAAGUGAAGAAGCGAACUGCGCAACGCCGAAAGUUGAAGCAAAAAGAAAAAAAGAAAAAAAACAAAGAAUUCAUUGGACAUUGUUGUGUUGCAGAAAACUAAGAAGAAGAAUGGAAACUAUGUGUGUGAAAGCGGGGUUAGUUCCCCCGAUCUCUAUCGGUGGGACGGUGGAGGCACGUGGCAGUUCUUCUCAGGUGAGUGUGGUGGGGCGCUCCGCAGCGGAUAAAUCCCCGCCGAGGUCGUUGUUUUCGAGAGUUUCCUUUCGGAACCCUUUGGAAUCUCUCUGGCCGCGGUGGAACACCAGAUACAAAGGGCUGGCCCUCGACGACGCCGUUUUGGCGGAGAACGGCGAGGGAAAGGAGGCCGUUAGAGAUGACGGCGUGGCUGACGGAACGGAACGCCGGAGCGAAAACUGGGUUUCGAAGAUUUGGCAUGUGAAGUCCGCGUGGGAGGGGAAACAGAGCUGUGAAGAGGAGGUUGCGGUUAGGGAUCAAACCAAUGACGAUAACGAGGGGGGAGAGGAGGCAGAGGUGUGUGAAUGUGAUGGUGGUUGCUGGGUCCACGAAGAGAAGGGUGACGAAGAAGAGCCUCAAUUCGAUAGAGACUCGUUUUCCAGAAUGCUUCGCCGGGUCUCGUUAGCUGAAGCUAGAUUGUACGCUCAGAUGUCACACUUGGGAAGCUUGGCUUACGAUAUACCUAACAUCAAGCCUGGGAAACUCUUAAAACAUUAUGGUAUACGUUUUGUAACUUCAUCAAUAGAGAAGAAGGAGUUGGCAGCAACAGCUGAAAAAGAUCCCCAGAAAGUUGAGACUAAUGAGAAGGAAAAGGAUUCCCAGAAUGUUGAGACUAAAGAGAAGAAAAAAGAAGAAAGAAAGGAUCCGGAGAAUGGUGGAUACAUGUUAAGAGCAGAUGCUGCUUGUAAUAUUGCCACCUCUGCUGCCUCUUAUCUGCUUGGUCGGACCAGGAGCAUAUUUCCAUUCAAAUCCUCAAAUGCCGUGACUGGUGAAGGCUCACUUGAAGGAAUCAUUGAAAGCCGUGACAUGAUAAACACAGAGGUGGUCUCUUUGAUGGCAACUACUGAUUCAGUGACAGCAGUGGUUGCAGCAAAGGAAGAAGUAAAGCAGGCUGUUGCAGAUGAUCUAAACUCUGUACAUUCAUCACCCUGUGAAUGGUUCGUCUGUGAUGAUGACCAGAGUGGUACCAGAUUAUUUGCUAUUCAGGGUUCUGAGACAUUUGCUUCCUGGCAAGCAAACCUACUUUUUGAGCCGAUUAAAUUUGAGGGGUUGGAUGUCCUUGUGCACAGAGGUAUAUACGAGGCUGCUAAAGGGAUAUAUCAACAGAUGUUGCCAGAAGUACAUGCUCACCUAAAAUCUCGGGGUUCUCGUGCAACUUUUCGCUUCACCGGGCAUUCUCUUGGUGGAAGCUUGGCAUUACUUGUGAAUCUCAUGCUGUUGAUAAGGAAUGAAGUGCCAGUCUCAUCUCUACUUCCUGUUAUAACAUUUGGUUCCCCAUCCAUCAUGUGUGGUGGUGAUAGUCUGCUAGAAAAGUUAGGUUUGCCUAGGAGUCAUGUUCAAGCAAUUACAAUGCACAGAGACAUAGUACCACGAGCAUUUUCUUGCAAUUACCCUAACCAUGUUGCAAAACUAUUAAAGGCUGUCAAUGGGAACUUCCGUAGUCAUCCUUGCCUCAAUAAACAGAAGCUACUAUAUGCACCAAUGGGAUAUCUGCUGAUUCUUCAGCCAGAUGAGAAAUUUUCACCAAACCAUCAUCUCCUGCCAUCAGGCAGUGGUCUAUAUAUUUUGUGUUGUCCUUUGUCAAAAUCCGAUUACACAGAAAAGCAGCUUCGAGCUGCUCAAAUGGUCUUCUUGAACUCACCUCAUCCACUUGAGAUAUUGAGUGACCGGUCUGCUUAUGGAUCUGGAGGAAGUAUACAAAGAGAUCAUGACAUGAAUUCCUACUUAAUGUCUGUGAGAACUGUGAUUCGCCAAGAACUUAAACAGAUCCGUAAAGCUAAGAGAGAGCAACAGCAACAGCGCAAGGUUUGGUGGCCUCUUGUGUUGCCACGUGGAAUUGAUGCCGGCAUUCUUUCUGGGAUGUCCAUGAUAUCAGUCAAUGUGGGUCAACGCCAGUCAGCCUUUUCUGGCAUGAUACGAACAGGGAGAAAGUCCUUGAAAAGGUUCAGUAGGCUUGUUACAUCCCAACAUAUGCAUUUGUUAGUCUUGCUCUGGUUCCCUGCUCGAUUGUUACUUUUGGAACUAAUAGCGUAAUUAGCCUCAAAUGAAUAUAAGAUGAUUCAUUAUUUAUUGAUGAGGGAAAAUUGUAUAGGGCGAGGGCACAUGCUUUGUAGGACAUUAGACACUUAGGUGAUUCUUUAUUCAUUGAUUUCAAAAAUGAAAUAUUGCAUUCUCCCUUCUCGUAGAAGGAAUAUUUCUCAAAUGUUAAUUAAUAGUAUUUAGAAAUGUAAUUGAUUUUGCAUUCCAGUUAUGCUUAUAUUGGACCAAUACUUAAUGAAAUGAGUUGAGUGUUUGGUU